AAAAUCCAAUGACGACUCAAAUGCUUCUGCUGUUGCUGCUGCUGCUUGUGCCGUUCUGUUCACCAUCACCUCGAUUUCUGGAAGAGCAUAACUGCCUGUUAGAAAACAGUAAACUACAACAGAGGUUAAAAAUGCUCCAAAACCUAUCCCAUUUGUGUGAACUGCAGCUGAAAGACCUUUUGGGGAACAACUAUCACAGAAAAAAGAGCAAAAUUUUCUCAGCUAUGAGAAUCCAACAGAAUACAGUUUUGCCCACCACUAGCGGGAACCUCUUAGUCUAUGACCAAGAUUGUGCAAUGGUGCUCAACAGUGGCAAAACUGAAAGUGGCUACUACAGAAUUAAGCCAAGAAAAGACAGAGAGCCUUUCCUUGUGUAUUGUGACAUGUCGGAUGGGGAAGGAUGGACUGUGAUUCAACGGCGCAGCAGUGGCAAAGAGAAUUUCUAUAGAAGAUGGGCUGAUUACAAACAGGGGUUUGGACAACUCCAAAGCAAGGAUGAUGAAUAUUGGCUGGGGAAUGAUAAGAUCUAUGACUUGCUCCUUAGAGGGGAAACAUCAUUGAAAAUUGACCUGAUGGACUGGCAGGGGGAGACAAGAUAUGCAAUUUAUGACAAUUUUCAGAUGAAGAAUGGGAAGGAUAAGUACAGGAUAUGGUUUGGCACCUUCUCUGGGACUGCAGGGGAUGCUUUAUCUGGAGGGGGCAAUUAUGAACAGCAGUGGUCUGCAUCACUCAGUGGUAUGCAGUUCUCUACCUAUGACAGGGACAAUGACAGAUUCCUAAAGAGCAGCUGUGCAGAAGAGAACAAAAGUGGCUGGUGGUUUAACAGGUGCCAUGCUGCAAAUCUCAAUGGACAAUAUUACAAGGAUGGGGCAUAUAAUGGUUCUUUUGACAAUGGAGUAGUUUGGGCAACAUGGCGAGGACUGUGGUAUUCUCUGAAAUACACAGCCAUGAAGAUCAGGCUCCUUCCAUUUGCUGACAUACAGAGCGGAGACGGUGAACACUGAGGCAAUUCAAAGUAUACAUGUAAAAGACAGUAUAUGGUGCAGAUAAACCCUUUUAGGCAUUA